AUGGCGUCCGGCUUCCCACCGCGCGAGCCGACCCUCCCCAGCCCCAACCUCUCGAGCAGCGUCAUGCUCCCGCACCUCUCCAACGUCGACAUCGUGUACGAGUUCUCGCAGAAGGCGAGCAUGCCGUACGACGCGCCGCACUACACGCGCCUCCACAUCCGCCUCCACGACCUGUGCUGUCGUUGGCCCGAGGUCGAAAGCUGCUCCGUCGACCGCGCCCCCGCCCCCGGCAAGAUCAAGAUCACCAUGAAGCCCGGCUUCGCGCUGGAGACGGUCUGGCUGCGCUACAUCGCCGACUACGUGCGCUACGUCACGUGGCACUUGCCCGAGGCCUUCAUCUACGCCGAUGGGGAGGUCGUCACCAACUAUGCUAAGAUGAUUGGCGAUGAGUGGGAGUAG